AUGACAUCUGCUCCAGGAUUGGCAUUCGCCAACUUGACGUUGAUGUUGGACCUCCCACAACUCCCAGCAAUAUUUUUCGUAAAUGUAAGGAAUAAUUUUAAAGUACUAAUAAAUGAAAUCAAGUUGAAUACAGUUGAGAGUGAAGAAAUUUUUUAUCCACAUAACAGAAUUAAUUUACAAAAUGAGAAAGUAAACAGAAUGGGACGAGUUCGAAAAUAUUGUAACAAUAGGAAUUGGCUCUUUGGAAAUCCCUUCUGA